AGAGCGGCAGAGAGGCUGUGCUGAACAGACGCUGGGUCAGAGCGCUCAGUUGCUUCAGACAAUCACAGGGGAGCGAGAGAAAGACACAGGAAAAAGAGACACACAGACAGAGACGACACAGAGAGAUAGACUGAAAAGAGAGAAAAGGGGAGGGAAAGACAGGGGAGGGAGGUAAAUAUGUGACAGGAUGUGGUUUCCCUGAGCUUGCAGAACAUCGGCAUAGAGGCAUACUUUGAGCAUGACCUAAACACACCGCGCUUACAAGUGUGUUUGAGCUCCGUUAGGUGGCGAGGGGGAAAAAGAAGCAAACCGCUGGAGCUGCUGCUGCUGCUGCUGCUGCUGCUCUGGUUUCUCUGUUGCCUGCCGGAGGAUUCCUUAAAGCUCCAACCUCAAUCAGCUCAUCGGACAGGAUUUCAACCUCCAUCCUUCCUCUGAGUAGAAUGCGUUUCUCCGCUGGAAACUCUGGUCCAGUUGCUGUGUCCGAGCAGUGAACUUUUCAACGAGAUUUGCGAAACAGGAUCCGUACACAGAGAGACAGACACACUGUGGAGCCAUGGGCUGCGGGCUGCGCAAGAUGAAGCCGACGUCGGACGAGAACAGUCCGGGAAAGAUUUACUCCACCCUGAAGAGACCACAGGUGGAGACUAAGGUGGGCGUGGCCUACACCUACCGCUACCUGGACUUCCUCAUCGGCAAAGAUGGUGGGACGUCCACGCUCCGUCUCUCGUCAGUGCGAGAGCUGCCCGGACAGCUGCAUGAACUUUACCAGCAGGGCUUCAUUCUGGCAUCUGUUCACCCAUUCAUCCACCCCUGUGGCCCAGAGUCCAACAGCCCACAGCACCAGCUCUACCGGGCCAUACUGGUCCGACUCAACGAUGGGGUGGAAAGGAGCCAGUCUGUCUGCGCACCGUACAAACUACAGCUGGAGGAGUGUCUGUCUGCCGAGCAGGUGCCCACCCCAGAGCUCAUCCAGGGCUACGUCAAGAAGCAAAUCCAAGAUGCAGCUGACCAGGGGGUGAUGUUCGUGGGAUUCGUCCAGGAACCCUACGGGGCCCCCUGUACCAGGAUUCGAGAACCAGACACCCCCUCCCUCUCCCUGCACUCCAGCCCCAGCUCUGUGCUCGGUUCCCUGGGCAGCUGCAGCCCCUCAAACCCCUCAAGCCCCAUAAACCACGCAGAACCUGGAGCUGAAGCUGACGCUUUGGACAAAGUGGGAAAUGAGGAGGCCGGAGAAGGAGCGCCAAAUGGGGAGAAGAAUCAAAGUGAGAAUACUGGGAACCAUUCAGGGAGCGGGGUGGAGGGCAGCCAGGGCGAGGUCUCGUCUGUGGCAUCUCCAGUACCAGAUCUGGAACACAGUGAGGAGCUGACGGAGGAGCUGACGGAGGAGCUGACGGAGGAGUCGUCGUCAUGUCACAAUAACAACAAAGACAGCGGCAGAGACACAAAGGAGCGGCUGAGAUACCGCCUGCGGAGGGGCGACGGGGUGGAACUGCUCGCUUUGUACAACCACCCGCCGGUCCGAGAGGGACAAGUGAAGUACUACACUGUCAAGGUGCCACUGCGAGUUCAAAACUGUGACGAGGGGGUCAAAGGCGUGGAGGCCAACUGGCUGGAUCACAUGACCCAGCACUUCAACAACGGAGCCUCGCUGGUCGAUGGAUACUUCCACCUGGGGAACGUCAAUGAUAUGCUGCCUAAGUCGGUGGAAAGUGUCUUCAUCUUUCAGGAGGCGAGCGAGGGCGAGCAAAACGCUGCCACCCCGACAUACGAUGCCAUCGUAGUGGAGCAGUGGACCGUCAUUAACGGUUUGCAGGUAAAGGCGGAUUAUGUUCCUCUGCUACAGUCCCUGGCCACGUAUGGAUGGAGGCUCACCUGUGUGCUGCCAACUCCUGUAAUCAAGACUAACAGUGAUGGAAGUUUGUCCACCAAACAGAUUGUUUUCCUGCAGAGACCCGUCUUGGGCCGAAAGAGGAGGGAAUCUAAGAAAUUGAUCUUCAAGCCCCGAGGCAAGUCCAACAAGAACUGCAUCAAAGAUGCGGCGAAGAACAAGAAGAAGAAAAAAACAAAAACUGAGAGGGAGGCAGAGGAUCCCAAGAUUCUCGAUGAAAGAGAAAAGGUGGAGAAAGAGGAAGGCAAGAUUAGGAAUGAAAGGGUGAACGCAACAGGUGUGGAGGCAGCAAGAGAAAGUGAGACAUCGAAGGAGGUGAGGUGUGAUGAAGAGGGCAUUGAAAUCAGCAUAGAGACUGAUGAAAAGAACCAUGGAGGAGCAGAAACAGAAGAAAAGGGAGCAGAAAACAGCACAGAGGAAGAGGGAGAGGAAAAGGUAGCACUGGAUGAAGAGAGAUCAAAAGAGAACGGAGAGCCUUUAGAAAACGGAGAGAUCCAGGAGGUGACGGAAAUCGUAGUCGAAACACAGAGCGAGACCAAAGAAAAGGAGGACAUGGAAGUGGAGGCUGUGAUCGAAAACGGGGUGGAGACGGAUGACGAGAAAGACGAGGGUGACGAGAUCGGGAUCAAACGCAAGGCAGAGGAACAAGCAGGCGUGGAGGUCAUCGCCAAGGAGAUCGUGAUGGAUUCGCAGGCCGCACAAAGCCCAGAGGAGACUCAAGAGUAGUCCCAAGUGGUCCAAGUCAAGGUUUUCCCCUGCCCUACCUCUCAAAGUCCCCAUCUAAAGAACUGGUUCACAGUGUUGUCCCUGAUCCAAAUUAAAGGGGCAUUGAUCCCCAUCGCUGCAGCAUUCUCCAAACCGACCAUCUUUCAUAGACUAUUCCCCCGCAACCUGCCACAGUGUAGCUUCAGAGCGAUUUCAUGUAACCGCAGACAUCAGCCCUACUGUAUAACCACACAUACUGAAUGUAUAUAUCCAAAACAGAAGCCGAUAGUGCAGGAAAGUCAAUGUGGAGACACUGGAAUCACUGGAUGAGGAUCAGCAGGAGGGUGAAUAUCUAGAUUUUUCUUAUGAUCAGAUUAGGAGCGUUUUUCUUUUGUUUGAGAAGAAUAGGAAACACUUUAAAGGCCUGGUCACACCUGCACUGGAAUUAGCAAGAACUGUGUGAACGUAUUGUUCCUGUUAGUGAUUGAGUAACUGCUAGUUCACAGUCAUAAUUUCAUAAUUAGCCCAAUAGGGAGAAAAUAGAAAAAAACUAGAAGAGCUACAAAUUUGUGCAAAACUUAAGCAAUAUUUUUGAAAUGUCGUUGAAACAAGUGAUGUUAAGCGACCUCUCCCCUCGCGAUAACAUACCAAGAAGCAUGGCGAUGGAUGUCAAAACAUCAGCCAUGUAGGCUGUAUUAUUAUGUUGGAACAGCCACGUAUGAGGGAUUUCUGGGAGGUGAUAAUCCAUGACUUCACAGAGGAAUUGUGGAUUUAAAACUUUCGG